UCCCGGAGGGGCGGGACUCGCCAUGGGUCAGGUGACGCGAAGGGGGUCACAUGACCGCAGCAGGGAGCAGCGCGCCCCGGCUCGGCCCCGCUCCGGAGCCGGGCUCCCUGUGAGGCGGCUGCACAGCCCCCGGCCAUGGCGUCCCGGCGCAGCCCCCACCCCGAUGCUGCCCCAUUCCUGAGCCAGGCGGACGAGACAGAGGAGGAGGCGGCGGCAAAGGAGGGCUCGCGGGUGGGCGGGGUGCAGCCGGAGGGGGGGGUGCAGGCCGUCACCGGGAUCUCGUACCCCCGCUCAGUGAUGAUCGUCGCUGUUCUCUGCUACAUCAACCUGCUCAACUACAUGGAUCGCUUCACCGUGGCCGGCAUCCUGCCCGACAUUGAGUCGUUCUUUCGCAUUGGAGACAGCAGCUCCGGGCUCCUCCAGACAGUGUUCAUCAGCAGCUACAUGGUGCUGGCCCCGAUCUUCGGGUACCUGGGCGACCGCUACCACCGCAAGCGCCUGCUUUGCCUGGGCAUCGCCUUCUGGUCGGCCGUCACGCUGGGGUCCAGCUUCAUACCCCAGGAGCGGUUCUGGCUGUUGCUGGUGACGCGGGGGCUGGUGGGGGUGGGGGAGGCCAGCUACUCCACCAUCGCCCCCACCAUCAUCGCCGACCUGUUCGUUAGCGACCAGCGCAGCCGUAUGCUGGCCUUCUUCUACUUCGCCGUCCCCGUCGGCAGCGGGCUGGGCUACAUCGUGGGCUCGAAGGUGAAGGACUUGGCUGAGGACUGGCAUUGGGCCCUGCGGGUGACCCCGGUGCUGGGCGUGGUGGCUGUGGUGCUGCUGGUCGUGGUGCUGCGGGAGCCGCCACGGGGGGCCGUGGAGCGUCUCUCUGACUCCUCCCUGCGCUACACCUCCUGGGCCGCCGACCUCCGGGCGCUGAGCCGCAACCGCAGUUUCGUGCUGUCGUCGCUGGGCUUCACGGCGGUGGCGUUCGUGACGGGGUCUCUGGCGCUAUGGGCCCCGGCCUUCCUGUACCGCUCCUGCCUGGCCACGGGGCAGAGCCGGCCCUGCCCCGACGGGGACACCUGCAGCUCCCAGGAGAGCCUGAUCUUCGGCCUCAUCACCUGUGUGACGGGCUUCCUGGGCGUGGGGGCGGGCGUGGAGAUCUCCCAGCGCCUCCGACGAAGCAACCCGCGGGCCGACCCCCUGGUCUGCGCCGCCGGCCUGCUGGGCUCCGCGCCCUUCCUCUUCCUGGCCCUGGUGUGUGCCCAGGGCAGCAGCCUCGCCACCUACGUGUUUAUCUUCAUUGGGGAGACGCUGCUGUCCCUGAACUGGGCCAUCGUGGCAGACAUCCUGCUGUACGUCGUGGUCCCCACACGCCGCUCCACGGCCGAGUCCUUCCAGAUCGUCAUGUCCCACCUGCUGGGCGACGCCGGCAGCCCCUACCUCAUCGGCGUGAUCAGCGACAGGAUCCAGCGGGGCCGCCCCCCGUCCUACCUGCUGGAGUUCCGCAGCCUGCAGUACGCCCUGAUGCUGAGCGCCUUCGCCGGGGUGCUGGGGGGCGGCUUCUUCCUCGCCACCGCGCUCUUCAUCCAGGGCGACCGCAAGCGGGCCGAGCUGAGCGCCCAGGGUCUGCUGCAGGAGGAGGCCGAGCCGGAGGAGCGGAUUGUGGUGCCGAAGCGCGGCCGAUCCACCAAAGUGCCCGUCUCCAGUGUCCUCAUCUGAGAUCAGCACAGACACCCCCGGCUGGGGUCGGGCGCCACCUGCCGGGCAGAGACUCUCGGUGCCCCCCAGGGGCCAGACUCGGGGGGCAGGUGGAACUGUGCCAGUUUGGGGGGCUGGUAUUUUAUGUGGGCAUGGAGCCCGCCCGUGAAGGAAAUGGGGUCAGGGACAGAUGGAUGGGGCACCCUGGGCUGGGGUGAGCCAGGGACCCCCAACUUAACAUCCCCAGGCCCCUGGCGCAGGGAGGGGCUUAGGGACCAAGAGGGGGGGCUCUUGGAUUCCUUGGGGGGCAGGCUGUGAGGCCCCCCCCAAGGUCAUACAGGUCCCCAGUGCAUUGUGGGGGGCUGGGGUCCUGCCCCCUUCCAGCCGCCAUGUUUUCACCCCAUUAAACUCUUUCUUAAGUCUC